UCAACAAAUGGUUAGGAAUAACCAAGGAGUUGCAAGAACAAAUGGAUGGACACGCCAAUUAAUAAAAUUGUUUCUAGGACGUAGCGAUUAGAAAAGGGAGCGUGGUAUACAAAAAUGUUGGAUGGCAAAGACGAUUAGGAUCUUUGUUGGGAACAGUAGACGGGGGUUAUUUGAAACUUGUUACUUUCCACUUUCUUAGACUAGAAAUGUAUGUGUGUGAAGGCUCCGGUCAAUGCUGUGCUAUAUUGAGACUUAGAAAUUUACUGUUUAGGCUAGACUGGCUGGCCAGCAAGCCCAGGAUACUCCUGUCUCCUGUCCUCCAGCACUUGGAUUACAGCUGAACAUUAGGAAACUUAAGAAAAAUCAUUUUUCCUGAACCUGACGCUUCAUUUGCAACCUAGUAUAUAAUACCUCUAAAGUCAAAACUUACUUGCUAAUUUGGUUCAAAAUCCUUUUCACAGAAGGCUGCUGAACGUGGGCUUCACGUUAAAGACAGUCUUUAUGUGGCCCAGAACUUGUUGGCACACUCGUUUGGAGUGAACUAUUCAAGCCUCCCUAGCUCUGCUUAAACUGCACCCUCCUUGCCAACUAUCCAGGCAGGAGCCCAGAGCAUCAAGAAAAAGCACUGCGGGAGGCUACGGGGGUGGAGAAGCCGAUUAUCCGCUCUAUUGGAAAAACCAGAAAAAAGCCUGUUCAAAGACCUCAGCUUUGUUUAGAGAACUUCUGUGGGUGGAACCAGCUGUUCGCACAAAGAACAGCGUAAAGCCCGGCUGCUCUGCAGCACGUUCAGGACCAGAUCUUCGGCAGGUGCAAGGCAGCGGGGUCUCCAGUCGGACCUGUGGCAUGGGGAAACUCAGGCUCCCACACCCAAGCGUGGCCGUGCUGCUGCUGCCGCUGCGGCUGCUGCUUCUGCUGCCCACAGAUGCCUUCACAUCACAAAACCCAAUCUACAUGAUGUUGGUUCCCUCCCUGCUCCACACAGGCGUCCCUGAGAAGGGCUGCCUUCUCCUCAGCCACCUAAAUGAGACGGUAUCCGUGAAUGCUUUCAUGGAGUCUGUCCAGGGAAACCAAAGCCUCUUCACUGACCUCGUGGUCGACAGGGACUUGUUCCAAUGUGUCUCCUUCACCGUCCCACCGGCUUUGUCCAAUGAGGUGAUGUUCCUCACUGUCCAAGUAAAAGGACCAACUCAUGAAUUCAGGAAGACGAGCACAGUGCUGAUUAAGAAAAAAGAGAGUUUGAUCUUUGUCCAGACUGACAAAUCCAUCUACAAACCAGGGCAGACAGUGAACUUUCGUGUUGUCUCAUUGGACGAAAUUUUUCACCCCCUUAAUGAAUUGAUUCCUCUUCUGUACAUUAAGGACCCCAAAGGAAAUCGCAUUGCACAGUGGCAGAGUUUCAAGUUAGAGAGUGGCCUCAAACAGUUGUCCUUCCCUCUCUCCUCGGAGCCCCCUCAUGGCUCCUACAAAAUGGUGAUACAGACAGAAACAGACAGAUUUAUAGAACACUCCUUCUUCGUAGAGGAAUUUGUGCUGCCCAAGUUUGAAGUGAAGGUGGCAGUGCCAGAGAUGAUCACCAUUAUGGAAGAAGAGAUAAGCGUGUCGGUGUGUGGCUUAUACACCUACGGGAAGCCUGUUCCGGGACAUGUGGCCGUGAGCAUAUGCAGGAAUUACAGUCAUCCUUCUAACUGCUUUGGCGACGAGUCAUUGGCUUUCUGUGAGAAUUUCAGUGAACAGCUAGACAACCAGGGCUGCUUCUCGCUUGUAUUGAAAACCAAGGCUUUCCAGCUAAAGAGGGAAGAGUAUGAGAUGCAGCUUGACGUGAACGCCAAGAUCCAAGAACAAGGAACAGAUGUGGAAGGAAGUGGAAAAGGGUCCAUUAAAAUCACGAGAACCUUGACCAGCCUGUCAUUUGUGAACGUGAACUCAUACUUCAGACAAGGGAUCCCAUUUGUUGGACAGGUGCUCUUGGUAGAUGGGAAAGGCACCCCUCUCGCUUCUGAAAUGAUCUUCAUUGAGGCAAAUGAAGCUAACCAUCACUCAAAUGCUACCACUGAUAAGAAUGGCCUGGUGUGGUUCUCCAUCAACACCGAUGACAUCCUGGGAACCUCCCUCUCUAUCAGGGCCAAAUACAAGGACAGCCUCAUGUGCUAUGGAUUCAGAUGGUUGACAGGAGAGCAUGUGGAGGCAUGGCACACAGCCAACGCGGUUUUCUCGCCAAGCAAAAGCUUUGUGCACCUGGAAUCCGCGCCUAGUAAACUGUCCUGUGAGCAAACACAACAGGUCCAGGCACAUUAUAUUCUCAACGGAGAGGGUGUGCAGGAGCUGACGGAGCUGGUCUUCUACUACCUGAUAAUGGCAAAGGGAGGCAUUAUCCGAUCGGGGACUCACACACUGCCUGUGGAGCAGGGAGACAAGAAAGGUCAUUUCUCCAUACUGAUCCCAGUGGAGUCAGACCUGGCUCCUUUGGCUCGAUUGCUCCUUUAUAUCAUUCUGCCUGGCGGUGAAAUGGUUGCAGAUACUGCCAAAUAUGAGAUUGGAAACUGUCUGGCCAAUAAGGUGGAUUUGAGCUUCAGUCCAACUAACGGCCUUCCGGCCAGUGGGACCUUCCUCAAAGUCACAGCUUCUCCUCAGUCCCUCUGUGCCCUACGAGCUGUGGACCAAAGUGUGCUGCUCAUGAAGCCCAAGGCUGAGCUCUCUGCAUCCUUGAUUUAUGAUCUGCUUCCGGUGAAAGACCUCACUGGCUACCCUGAGGGUGCGAAUCUGGAGGAGGAAGACAGCAAAGACUGUAUCAAGCAUAACAGCGUCUACAUUAACGGCAUCCUGUAUUCCCCGGCACGGAAUACUAAUGAAGAGGACAUGUAUGGCUUCCUAAAGGACAUGGGGUUGAAGGUAUUCACCAACUCAGAUAUCCGUAAACCCAAGGUCUGUGGACGGUCCGGAAACAGCAGAGGAGAACCAGCUGCAUACCAGCUCUUAAGCCAAAGCCCCACGGAGAAUUUCCUAAAGGGUUCUGAGUCUCCCAAGGAGACUAUACGAAAAUACUUCCCUGAGACAUGGAUCUGGGACUUGGUGGUCGUGGACUCAACAGGAAUAACUGAAAAGGAGCUGACAGUCCCUGACUCCAUCACUGAGUGGAAGGCUGGAGCCCUCUGCCUGUCCAAUGACACUGGACUUGGCCUCUCUCCUGUGGUGUCUUUCCAAGCCUUCCAGCCCUUCUUCGUGGAGCUCACGAUGCCCUACUCCGUGAUCCGUGGAGAAGCCUUCACGCUCAAGGCCACUGUGCUGAACUACCUCCAAAACUGCAUCCGGGUUGUUGUGCAGCUGGAGGCGUCUCCUGAUUUCCUAACUGCCCCGGUGGAGAAGCAGCAAAAGUCUCACUGCAUCUGUUUGAACGAGCGUCACAAUGUGUCCUGGGUAGUAACUCCAAAGUCAUUAGGAAAUGUGAAAUUCACUGUGAGUGCAGAGGCUCUCAACUCUCUGAAGCUUUGUGGGAAUGAGGUACCAGUGGUCCCUGAACGUGGAAAGAAAGACACAAUCAUCAAGUCCGUGUUGGUUGAACCUGAAGGUCUAGAGAAUGAAGUGACACUCAACAGUUUGCAUUGUCCAACCGGUGAUGAGGUGUCUGAAAAAAUAACCCUGAAGCUGCCACCAGAUGUAGUCAAGGACUCUGCCCGAGCCUCUGUCACUGUUUUGGGAGAUAUAUUGGGCUCUGCUCUGCAAAACAUACAGGAUCUCCUUAUGAUGCCCUAUGGCUGUGGAGAACAGAAUAUGGUUCUGUUUGCUCCUAAUAUCUAUGUUCUGGAUUAUCUGAAUGAAACCCAGCAGCUGACCCAGAAGGUCAAGGACAAGGCCAUUAACUAUCUCAAUAUGGGGUACCAAAGACAGUUAAACUUCAAGCUCCAGGAUGGCUCCUACAGCACCUUUGGGGAUAAACCUGCCAGUACCUGGCUCACAGCCUUUGUGCUGAAGAGUUUUGCUCAGGCUCGAAAAUAUAUCUUCAUCCAUGAAACACAUAUCAGGCAAGCCUUCCUCUGGCUCUCCCAUCAGCAGGAGGACAACGGCUGUUUCAGGGGCUCUGGGUCCCUGUUCAACAAUGCGAUAAAGGGAGGAGUAGAUGAUGAAGUCACCUUGUCUGCCUACAUCACCAUUGCUCUCCUGGAGAUGCCUCUCCCUGUCACUCACACUGUCAUUCGCAAUGCCCUCUUUUGCCUGGACACAGCCUGGAAGUCAGCAAAGGAAGGAGCCCACGGCAGCAAUGUCUACACCAAGGCGCUGUUGGCCUAUGCAUUUGCCCUUGCUGGGAACCAGGCCAUGAGGAUAGAGAUACUGAAAUCACUUAGUGAGGAAUCUGUGAAAGAAGACAUUUCCAUCCACUGGGCCAGUCCUCAGAAACCCAUGGUGCCAGAGGGUCUUUGGUACCAACCUCAGGCUCCCUCUGCUGAGGUCGAGAUGAGUGCCUACGUGCUCCUGGCCUAUCUCACGGCCCAGCCUGCUCCCAUCCACGAGGAACUGAUUGCUGCGAUGCUCAUUGUCAAGUGGCUCACGAAGCAGCAGAAUUCGCACGGUGGCUUCUCCUCCACUCAGGACACAGUGGUAGCUCUCCAUGCUUUGUCCAAAUAUGGAGCCACUACUUUCACAAGAGCUAAGAAAGAUGUGCAAGUGAUCAUCAGUUCUCCAAAUUUAUUUUCUACAAAAUUCCAAGUGAACAAUGACAACCAAUUAUUACUGCAGACGGUCAAGUUGCCGACCGUGCCUGAGGAUUACACCGCAAAGGUGACAGGAAAAGGAUGUGUGUACCUCCAGACAUCCGUGAAAUACAAUAUCCUCCCAGGAAAGCAGAAGUCCCCGUUUGCUUUACGGGUACAGACUCUACCUCAGAUGAGUGAUGAUUGCAAAGUUUACACCAGCUUCCAGAUCCUACUUAACAUCAGCUACACUGGCAGCCAUUCUGACUCCAACAUGGCAAUUGUUGAUGUGAAGAUGGUGUCUGGCUUCAUCCCCUUGAAACCAACAGUGAAGAUGCUUGAGAGCAUUGUGAAUGUGAGCCGGACAGAAGUCAGCAAUAACCAUGUCUUGAUUUACUUGGAUAAGGUGUCAAGUGAGAAGAUAAACUUGUUGUUCACGGUUCAGCAAGAUAUUCCAAUAAAAGACCUGAAGCCUGCCAUAGUGAAAGUCUACGAUUACUAUGAGAAAGAUGAGUUUGCAGUCGCACAGUACAGUGCUCCUUGCAGCAAAGGUUAUGAAAACGCCUGAGGAUUCAUGAAUAAAAAAAUGUUUUACUGGAGCCCUGUUCUUAGGACUUCAUAAGAAAAGCAGUGUUUUUGUAUUUCUA